AUGGUUGAAGUAAUGGAAAGUAUCAGAAACACCUCCAAAGCUAUCGUGAAACAGGAGUUCUUCUACCUUGUAAAAAAUAGGAACUGGAGUAAUGGAAAUGUUGAAGGGUCACAAUUAGAAGAACUUUCAAUGUUCAUGUGGGAGAGAUGUUAUAUAAAAUACUAUGUGCCUUCAUCUAAUCGUUUGGAUCUUAGCACAGAUAGCAAGAAUGUUGUCCAUGUUGGAACUCCUCACCCUUCCAAGCAGGCUGGUAAAGCAACUGCAAAUACCAAGCAGCAGACUCCGAAGUCAGGGGGAGAUUACAGCUGUAAGCCUUGCAGCAGGUCAUUCAAGACAGAAGAUGCGUUAAACUCUCAUAAUAAGGCCAAGCACAGUGCUAAGUAA